GGACGAUCUAAGAGCUACUUUCUAGCUGAGAGAGGCAGGGUGAGGGAGGCUACUCCGGGACGGAGGACCACCCACCCAGGAGCUGAGAAUCAGGCCUGGCAGAUGUGACUGCCACCCUGGGCAGUGCUCCCAGCCAUGGCCGACACCAUCUUCAGCAGUGGAAAUGACCAGUGGGUUUGCCCCAACGAUCGGCAGCUUGCUCUGCGAGCCAAGCUGCAGACAGGCUGGUCUGUGCACACAUACCAGACGGAGAAGCAAAGGAGGAGCCAAUGUCUGAGCCCCGGAGAGCUGGAGGUCAUCCUGCAGGUCAUCCAGAGAGCAGAGCGGCUGGACAUCCUGGAGCAGCAGAGGAUUGGGCGUCUGGUGGAGCGGUUGGAAACGAUGCAGCGGAACGUGAUGGGCAAUGGCCUCUCCCAGUGUCUGCUCUGCGGGGAGGUCCUGGGCUUCCUGGGCAGCGCCUCUGUCUUCUGCAAAGACUGCAGGAAGAAAGUCUGCACCAAAUGUGGGAUCGAGGCCUCCCCUGGCCAGAAGCGGCCCCUGUGGCUGUGUAAGAUCUGCAGCGAGCAAAGAGAGGUCUGGAAGAGGUCAGGGGCCUGGUUCUACAAGGGGCUCCCCAAGUACAUCUUGCCCUUGAAGACACCCGGCCGGGCUGAUGAUCCCCAUUUCCGACCUCUGCCUGUGGAACCCACAGAACCCCAGCCUCAGAGCGCUGAAGCCAGCCGGGUCUACACAUGGGCCCGAGGGAGAGUGGUUUCCAGUGACAGUGACUCGGACCUCAGCUCCUCCAGCCUGGAGGACAGACCCAUGCCCGCUGUGGCCAAGGGCACAAAAGGUGACGAGCCCAGAGGAGACUCGGGUAGCAGCAUGGGGUCCCCCAGGAUGGGGCCUGCCUGUCCACCCAGCCAUCUCUCGGGCAGCCAGAGCAGCCUGGCCAGUGAGACUGGGGCAGGUGCCACAGACCCCCAGGGAGGCACCCCACCCCGGCCUGAGCCCAGGGUGCCCGGCAAAAGACAUACAUGGACAACUCCUCGUUGCUGAUGUGGCACCCCUAGACUGAGGCAGACCCUCCAGCGGAAGAUUCGGAGAAUACAGAGCCAGGCUUCCUGGCUCCUUUCUGAAGGUCCUUGAGGCCUCCUCACCAGCACCCUGAUGGCCUUGACCGCCAACUCAACAAACCAGUGUUUGGGGACGAGUGUGCUUGCCCCCACCUAGUGCCUUGCUGCCCCCUUAUCUACCACCUCACUCAGCCUCCCACCUUUAUUUAUUGUCCUACCCACCCACCCCAGUCAUCCCCAUGUUUUGAUUUGCUUGGGUCUUGGGUUGGGCUGGAAGGGCCUUCCUGUAUGCACUGAAAUUUCAUCGGGACCACACAGGGCUUUCUUUGUACUAAUGCUGAGAAGAACUCUAAGCCUGAGUGUGACCCUGCAAAGCUGAGUGACCCCCUCAGUGUGAGCCUGGCGCUGUGUGUGUGUCCUAUCUGCCCCAGGCUAGCCCAGGAGCUGGGUUUAACCCAGCUUUGAGGUUUCCCUGAAGCCCCUAUUGGCCUCCAGGUUUUUGCUCAUCCCGGGCACACAGCUCCCCUAAGACAUUAAAACACUUUUUGCUUUUCACUGGAAAACAAGGCGCCCAGCCUGCCUCGUGCUCACUGGCCCAGCCUGGGAGUUUAGCAUUCUCAAACCAAAGAAGGCAUAAAAAAUAUUCAAAAUACAAAUGCUUCUAGAAAACCCUUCCCUGAGUCGGGUGGGGGUGGGGUAUGUGUCUAUGUCCUUCCUUCCCUCUCAGUCCAGCUCCACCCCUCCCCACCACCAGCCCUUCAUCCUUGGAGGGUUUUCUCUCCAAGGCCUUCACCGUGAGCCUUUUGCCCUGGCUGCUGGCAGAAGACAGAGAAACUCACAGUUUCCCUGUGACAUAUCAUGCUUCAGCAUUAAAAUAAUCAACAUGAGAAUUUUCAUGGAGUCACUCUUGAUCCAAAGACCACAAUCGCCACAUUCCAACCUGUAUCGGGGAUGGCAGUGGAUGGAUUAAAAUAAACUUUUAAAAUGUA